UUAGCUUCCACGCUGAAAUACAGGCCUGUGUCACUCUCAUCUUCAAAUCAAGGAUUCUCCCUCCGCGUCUUCAUCUCGCUUGUGUGAGGGUUAUCAGGCUGAUGGGUGGAGGCUGUGCUGAAGAGGCUGUAAAUUGUAAGACUCGACCUGGCCACUACUACGAUAAGCUGCUAAACAAAUGUAUAGAGUGUAAAGAGAUCUGCGGCACACAUCCUCCAGAAUGCGCCCCACACUGCCAGACUGAAGUUGUCGCAGGACCCUCCACACUGAAAGACUCUGAUAUCCUCAUCUACUCCCUGCUGGCUGUGUGCCUGGCGCUGCUGUUUUCUAGCUUGUUUCUGGCCUUUGUAGCCUUUCUUAGAGGAGGCAAGGCCAAAACUUCUAACCAAGGAUCCACACAGGGCAGUCAAUCCAAGAAGAAGAAAGAGAGCGAGGCCAGGCUGGGACAGGAGACUGGUAUUCCAGCUGGGCAACUUGGAAAAAGCUCCAAAGAUAUUCUAAUGUCUCCGAGCUGCCCCGUUAACCUCGAGCCAUCAGACGACUCCCUGCCAACAGAGACCUGCGUGUGUGUCCACUGCUUCCCCGACAUGAACGUGCGAGGCCCGGCUCACAGCAGGACGCUCAGAGACCCUCCUGUGCUCUACCAGCAAGCUGUCCUCCAAAGAGCCCAGACCCAAAACGGAGGGGCUUGCUGGACGGAGCAGAGCUUCCGAACCUACGACAUGAAGGUCCAGGAGGAGGCAGCAGUGGGAUGAGUUUAGUGGUGCAAGUGAACUGGAAUUAGUUACCGUGUCUCCGAUCCAUCAGAGAAGGUUGUCGAUAUACUGGAUAUUUUGUUGGGCGUAAAAAAACAACAACAAAAAAACAAAAAAAACCCUAAAAACGAAAUGCUACAAACACCAUCACAGUAUGUGACAAAUCAGUCCGUCACCAUAAAUAUAAUAUGGACAUAGCGUCUAGGUUGAAUUUACUGACCACCAGGGGGCGAAACCAAGCCCUCAGCCUUGACCUUAACUCUACUCUUUUAAGCACUUGUUUAACACUUUCCGGAAAAUCCUAUAGCUCCAUCACUCAUUUCAGAUCUUAAGAAAUCAAAUAUUAACUCAAUUUCAUGUAAAUUUGGUGAUUCUGAGAGCCAGAAAAGAGACCCAGAGUGUUAUGACUGGUUAAUGAUCAGAUGCUCCCCUGAUAACGUAGUCUCAAGACACAAAGAUGGAGAGGGUGAAAAUUCCCAGCUUUAUAACAACAGUUCGCAAACCGUUUUUUGACCUCUCAGUUCCUUCACUCAUCAUUUAUACUGAAACCUUCACACUCACUUUUAAUACAAAAACCGUAAUUAUAUCUUUGCUGGAAAAACUGUCUGAUUUUAAGGAUUUUUAUGAAGUGUGUGUGUGUGUGUGUGUGUGUGUGU